CCAGUGCCUCCACUCCCACUACCCGGGAAGGCCGUGCAGGGCGCGAGCGCUGCUUUCGCUUUCUCUUCCCGGUGCCCACUCCUCGCUCCGCGUGCGGCGCUAGGCCCCCGCCCCGGCCAUGGCCACGCUCAGGGUCCAGCCUGAAGCCCAAGCCAAGGUGGAUGUGUUCCGGGAAGACCUGUGUACUAAGACAGAGAACCUGCUUGGGAACUAUUUCCCCAAGAAGAUUUCUGAGUUGGAUGCAUUUUUAAAGGAGCCAGCUCUCAAUGAAUUCAACCUGAGCAAUCUGAAGGCCCCUCUGGACAUCCCAGUGCCCGAUCCAGUCAAGGAGAAAGAGAAGGAGGAGCGGAAGAAACAGCAGGAGAAGGAAGACAAGGAUGAAAAGAAGAAAGGGGAAGAUGAAGAUAAAGGUCCGCCCUGUGGCCCAGUGAACUGCAAUGAGAAGAUCGUGGUCCUCCUGCAGCGGCUGAAGCCUGAGAUUAAGGAUGUCAUUGAGCAGCUCAACCUGGUCACCACCUGGUUGCAGCUGCAGAUACCUCGGAUUGAGGAUGGGAAUAAUUUUGGAGUGGCUGUCCAGGAGAAGGUGUUUGAGCUGAUGACCAGCCUUCACACCAAGCUGGAAGGCUUCCACACUCAGAUCUCCAAGUAUUUCUCUGAGCGGGGUGAUGCCGUGGCCAAAGCAGCUAAGCAGCCUCAUGUGGGUGAUUAUCGGCAGCUGGUACAUGAGUUGGAUGAGGCAGAGUACCGGGACAUCCGGCUGAUGGUCAUGGAGAUCCGCAAUGCUUAUGCUGUGUUAUAUGACAUCAUCCUGAAGAACUUCGAGAAGCUCAAGAAGCCCAGGGGAGAAACAAAGGGGAUGAUCUAUUGAAAGCCUCCUCAUUCUGUGAUGGGUCCAGCAGAGACCUUCCAGACUUUCACAGGGGACUCCAGACUUGCCCCACCUUCUGCCUGUUGAGGUUUCUCCCUCACCUUGUCUCCCGGGCACAAUAAAUAUAGUCAUACCACUGCCCAACAA